AUGGCCACAGAUUCUAAUCCAUGCUUUUUGUUAUUGCUUGGACCUAUCUCUGAGGGAUGCCAGUGUGAUCAUUUCACGAAGAGAAAACCAAAAUCACUGCAAAACUGGAAUCCAAACAGCUCACAGAGGCUUGGUGUUGAGGCUUUGCCAACGGAACUGAUAUACUGGAUGUUCAAGAACCGACACCCAGAAGUAGCAAUUUGGUUGAUCAAAGCAUGAUGGAGGAAGAAGAGAAAGCUGAAGAAGAUGUUGAUGUGAAUAUGGAAGAAGCAGAGAAUGAUGUCAUUGUGUUGGAUUGAUUGAGGAAACUCAAAACACCAAGAACAGAAACCAAAAUAUAGGUGAUAGUUUUGAUGUAGUAGAUAUCAUAGAAUUUCAUUUCAAACAUGGGAUAGAUAGAAGUAUAUGUAUUUGAGACCAUAAGAAGACAACCCUUGUAGCCUAGCACAAGUAUAUGCUGGCAUAAUGUUGUA